ACUGCUUCAUUAUUGCAAACAUUUUAAGAGAUACUUAUUAUUCUUAACAUCUUAACAGAUACUCUGACCUGUAACUAUCGUAAAAUACUUCGACCGUAAGUAGACACCGUUCGCACAUGCGUGGUACCGAUCGGGUUUCCGGUACAGAUCGGGUAGUGACAAGCCACUUUAAAAGUGUACGCGUGUGCUGUGUAGCCCACUUGCUUCCACCAAAUGGACUGCUGGAUUGUGUCUGCUCUCAGCUGGUUUAUACCAGUUUAUUUACUCAUCCAUUUACUCUGCUUCCUUUUCGCGGAUGCAGACUUCACUCUCCUCUGGGCAAGUCUAGCGGGGCACAAGCCAGAGAGGAAGCUGAAAGGGCUGGUGGUGUGGAUCACUGGAGCAUCCAGUGGUAUUGGAGAAGAGCUGGCCUACCAGCUGGCAAAGUGUGGCUCACGUCUCAUACUGUCUGCUCGCCGUGAGGAUGAGCUACACAGAGUGAAACGCCAUUGCUUAGAGACCUCCGACCUUAAGGAUGACGAUGUUCUUGUUCUUCCCCUUGAUUUGCUGGAGAGGACAUCACACGAGGAAAAAACAAAAACAGUUAUUCGCUACUUUGGGCAUAUUGAUAUCCUCAUUAACAAUGGCGGUCGAAGUCAGCGCUCUCUGUUCUUGGAAACCAGCGUGGAUGUGUGCCAGGCCUUGAUGGAGCUCAACUUCUUAGGUACGGUCUCUAUAACCAAGCAGGUGCUGCCUCACAUGACGCAGCGAGGCAGGGGGAGCAUCGUGACUGUCAGCAGCCUAGUCGGCCUCGCCGGGGCGCCUCUUGCAACAGGAUACUGUGCCACCAAGCAUGCUCUUCAGGGUUUUUUCAAUGCCCUUCGACCUGAGCUGACUGAUUAUCCAAAGAUACUAAUUAGCAUGGUGUGCCCAGGGCCAGUCCAAUCACAGAUCGUCAGCAACGUCUUCACAGAGGAACUAAACAAGCCUGUGGCAGCAGUUGGAAGCCAGGAACACAAAAUGCCAACAAGUCGCUGUGUGCAUUUAAUGCUAGUGGGAAUCACCAAUGGUGUCAAGGAGAUGUGGAUUGCACAGCAGCCCUUUCUCCUGUUUUACUAUGCCUGGCAGUAUGCUCCCACGUUUGCCUGGUUCAUCACAGACCUGCUGGGAAGGAAGAGAGUUCAAAAUUUUAAAGCUGGUGUGGAUGCAGACUCUGCAUACUUCACUAAACCGAAGACCUCCUGAAAGCCGCGUCCUCAGGAAGAAACGCUUCAAUGCGUUCCUAAAGUUGGACUUUGGAUUAUUAUUUUUUUUUUCCAUCCAGAAGGAAGAAUUCAAGGACACGACUGUUUAAAAGCUCAGUUUAAAAGCUCUUCUUGUCUCAGACGUAGUUAGUCUUUUUUUCCCUUGUUUUUUUUUUUUUUUUUGUUCAUCUUGAUGAGACUGAAAGAAUGAUUACAGAUUUGAAUGACCUUUU